AUAUUUAAUGGGGGACAUGUAAGGGAUUUCGAUACUUGCAAAGUACAAUAAAAAACGAUUUAGGAUUAAUUUAUCAAACUUUAACAUAAACUUGAUCAUUCAAAACGUUUUUAUAAAAUAUGUCUUUUUCUUGAAUGACAGUUUUAAUGUCCCGGAUGUUUUGUUUUGAGUGAAUCCUCUGAUCCUUUAGGACAUUGGUUUUAUUCAUAUAGUAGUAUUGCCUUGGUUGACAUGGAGAAUAAGAAAUUGAUUGUUACAGGAGACAGUGGUGUGGGUAAAACAUGUCUUCUUAUUUCCUACACUACCGACGCUUUCCCAGGUGAAUAUGUCCCUACCGUGUUUGACAACUAUACUGCAAAUGUAAUGAUGGACGGAAAACCAUAUAGUUUAGGACUUUGGGAUACUGCUGGACAGGAGGAUUAUGAUAGAUUAAGACCUUUGUCGUAUCCACAGACAGAUGUCGUGCUACUGUGCUUCUCCAUCAACGACAGAUCAUCCUUGCUAAACAUAGAAAAGAAAUGGAUACCGGAAAUAAAGCACCAUCUACCAAAUGUAGCUAAAGUGUUAGUUGGUUGUAAAACAGAUUUAAGAGAUUCAAGUACAGACACAUGCAUAACUAAAGCGGAGGUUGAGACUUUUGCCAGUGAUCACAGAAUGCCAUAUUGUGAAACAAGUGCACUUACUCAGAAAGGAUUGAAGUCAUGCUUUGAUAAGGCUCUAAGGGAAAGCUGCAGAACAGUUGAAAGAAAGUGGUUUCAAAAGAGAUGACACUUUUGUGCAAUAAAUAAAAUAGAUAAAGCCAGUA